AUGGCCAGCAUCAUUGACCUGGAGCCCUGGGAGGACGGCUCCAUCAACAUGUACGCAUCCCCAGCCAUCCUGCUCCCGGUGGAGCAGCAGCGCAACCAGUUGGCGGGUGUGAAGCAGCAGCUCUACCACCCAGCCCUGCCCAGCCUCCGCCGCAUGGACAUGGACUCCGUCAGGGCCUGCCUUUCCCAUGAGCACUGCCAAUCCUCCACCUACUGCUGCAAAGAUGACUUUGACAAUGCCUACUUCACCCUCCUCGGCGUCCCCAACAAACCCCUACAGUGCUUGGACAUCACGGCGACCGGCCAGAGGCUCCGCAACAGGUGCCGCGAGGGAAAACUGGCGCCCAUCACUCCGGGCAUCAACCGGGUCGACUGGCCCUGCUUUACGCGCGCCAUCGAGGACUGGUCCCACUUCGUGUCCUCCGCCGGCGAGUUCAAGCUGCCCUGCCCAAGCAAGAGGGUGGAGGGUUUCAGCGGCUACGCGGUGCGGUACUUGAAGCCGGAGUUGACCCAGAACUGGCGGUACUGUCUCUACCAAAACCCCAGCCUGGACCGCUAUGGACAGAAGCCCCUGCCCUUCGAGUCCCUGUAA